AUGUCAUCAAGAUAUGGUUUUGGAUAUGAUGAGUUACACGACGAUUAUAAACUAGUGGUGAUUUUCAAUAUCUUUGAUGAUUAUCGAGAUGAUUAUGCUUCAUUUAAGACCAAGAUCAAGGUUUACAGUUUGAAGACUGAUUCUUGGAGAUCGGUCAAGGAUUUUCAGGGAAGCUCUUUGAUAGAUUGUUCAGCUAAGUUUGUCAAGGGGAAGCUUUAUUGGACUAAAUCUGCUACUGCUCGUGCCUACAAUAGCGAAUAUGGCUGCACCAUAAUUCAUUUUUAUGAGUACGAUGACGGAAAUCGUUGCAACAUCAUUUCUUUUGAUUUAGCAUAUGAGACAUGGGGUGAGGUGGAGCAACCCAAUUAUGGAAAAGGUAAAUUUGAUUUAAUGCUGGGAAUUUUGGGAGGUGAUCUUGUUGUGCUUUGUAACUAUGAGGGAAGUCAUUCUGAUGUGUGGCUUAUGAAAGAUUACGGAGUUAAACCAUCUUGGACAAAGAUGUUCGCCAUUAACUGUCCUGAUGAUCCUGGGAAGUAUGACUAUUAUCCACGCUGUUCCUUGUCAUUUUCCCCGCUGUUUUGCCAGCUAGAUAAGGGUGAAAUUUUACUUUUAUAUCGGUCAGUUUUCAUGAUAUACAAUCCAAAGGAUGAUUCAAUCAGAGUUAUCAGACAACCAGAGAUUACUAAACCUAAGAGCUGUUUUCAGGCAGAAAUCUUUAUCGAAAGCCUCGUUAAUCCCUUGUCGACAGCUGAUCAGGGACUUGUUAACCAAGAAGACUGA